AUGGACUGCGAAAAACGGCCGCGGCCAGACGAGGUCUCAUUCAUUGACCCGAGGCAAGUUUCCAAGAAGCCAUGCUACGGCGUUGGGUUCUUUGCGGAUCCCACCACCCAGCCUUCUGCGGACGCUACUACGUGGUAUUUCCAAGAUACGACAGGCUUAGAACACGGUCAGCUUGGGCUCUACAACCUGGACCACAGCUUCUCUCUUCCAUCAGACUCUCAACUCUCCUCUCUCUUGACCGGCUUCGAGUCAGAGACACCAUCCACUGACCUACACAUGCCCACGCAGCAACAGCAUGCGGCGCCGGGCUACAUGUAUGGGGAUGGCGCGAGUUAUGUAGACAGCGAUUGCUUGAUGCCAGACGUCAUCGGUAACGCCUACACUUCGCUUCAUCAGCUUGACACGGACUUCGACUGGGACGCAUUUGUCGCCAAGCCCGCUUCUGGCGGUGACACUCUCGCUACGGUCCACGAUGACACCUCAAAGUCACAAGAGACUGACGAAUUAGACGGGUUAGUCGAGCUAAACCCCUUGCUACAAGAUGACCUCACAUGGCUAUCCACCGAGACGAACCUGGCUAUGCAAAUGCCUGAAUCAAGGGUCGAGCAGGCCCAGCAAGAAGACACCGAUGCUGGAAGAGACCACAACCACGACGACAAACAGACUGGUCUUGCAGAUGAACAUUUUGAUGAAGAUUUCUCUGAAGAAACCGAUGAACUUUUCAACAGCCAGUUCAACGACCUCAUAUAUACAGACGCUCUCGAGGCUGGAUGGCGCCCUGUGCCCGAGCCAAGCUUAAUGCUCUGUCCGCCCAUCAGGGAUCUGGCAGACUACGAAAUCAGGGUCACGGACAAGUUUGUCCAUGUAUCGCCCAGCUCUACUGCUCGCAAUCCGAUUCGACUCUACAACGGCGGGAAAAUGAAGGUGUUUCGCAUGAUGCCGAAUGAUCUGGCCAAAGUCAAGGCUCCCCUUGUUCUGAUCCACGGCGACUACCAUCGUGGUGAUUGCUGGGCCAGAAAGCCAGACAGUACCCUUGCCUGGGCGGAACUGUUCCGACUACGAGGCCAUAUUGUCUACGUUGUCGAUCUCAACGACAUGCAGAGCCCCGUGACCUCUGCUCCCCCGUCCAAGGAGACUGUUCAAAAUCAGUGGACGAACCCGCGGGAUCGACCAUACAGAAAGGAUUGUGCUUGGACUUCGGCGAAACACCAUACCCAAUGGCCAGGUAAGGGAACAGUCGGCGAUCCAACGUUUGAGAUCUACUACAGUGGCCUUGUGCCAUUGCGAGCCACCAAGAAAGAGCGCCAGAUGGACGCCAUGAACGGCCUCACUGAGCUUCUGGAGCAGAUUGGAAAGGCAGUGCUGAUCGGGCACGGGUCAGGGUGCCAAGCUGCCUGGAUCGCCGCUGACGCAAACCCGACUCGAGUUGCUGGUGUCAUAGCCCUGGAGCCGAACGGUCCAGCCUUUGGCUCUGUGCACAAGAAGGUUGUUGGUGACGACGGCAAGCCGCAUCAGAUAUUCUCAAACAAUGUCACAUACGACCCCAGCAUCCGCCGAUACGGACUCACAGACAUCCCGCUCACGUUUAAACCUCACCUCAGCUACCAAUCAACAGAGGAAGAUGACGACGCCGGCUUCUUCCAGGUCCCCAAUCCACCCAACAUUAAUUCUGACCGGUUGAAGAGGGGCGAUGGCUGCCACAUGAAUCUUUGGCUGCAAACAGACCUCCUGUUCAACGUUGGCGACACCAAGAUUGUGGACAACUGCGGUAAACGCAAGCUAUGCAAUCUUCAACGAAUGCCGCAGGUCAUCGUCACGGCGCAAGCCUCUUCGCACACCGUGUACGACUUUGCCACGGCUUUUUUCAUGAAGCAGGCGGGCGUCAACGUCAAGUACUGUCCACUGGAGCGGUAUGAGGUCGAGGGCAACGGACACCUCAUGUUUCUCGAGCAGAACAGCAGCGCUGUCGGUCGACUCGUCUCCAGGUGGGCUUGCGACAUCAUGCCGAUGCCUGACAAGGUCUGCCAGGCCGGCCACUGGGCUUCGCAUGCGCCCUUGGCGCACCUGGAGAAGAUGUGCGCCUAUGAGCGAGGCGCCUGGAAACACUAUGCCCCGAUGAAGCCCAAGGAGUCGGGGGACAACAGGUGGCUGGCCGUUGGGGAACUGGCUGGGUCCGUCGAGGUCACUCUAUGGGUCAAGUCGAGGAUGGAGAUGGCCAAGAUGAAUGAGCUGCCCACGCCGCCGCCAUCUGGUGGUUUUCUCUCCACCGUCGGCAUGAGAGGUCCUUGGUCCGAGGACAUGGACAUGGCUUUCGACUUUCAGUGA